AUAUGCAACAUGUAAUUUUACUUGAAAAAAAAAUUUUUUUUUUUUUAAUUACCUAUGCCGUUUAGUUUCCUUUAACUCACUCAUUUAACCGAUGUUAACGGAAUACAAUAAAAAUACGGUGUAUAAAAUUCCAGGAAGCAACAUCAAUUUUGACAUUUGCGGGAGUAACGCAGUCGGCAUUAUAUAAUGAUGAGCCGUAACACUGCUGCAGUAAUGCUGCCGACUGCAAUACUGCCGCAAAUAUCAAAAUAGAUGUUGCUGCCUAGAUUUUAUAAUACCGUCAGCCAAGUGCAUGGCGACUUUAUUAAUUAAGAGGGGGCUCCCGCAAAAUUGUACUUUUUAUUCUGAAUUUGUACACGGUUUAAUGAAGACCAAAUGAAAUUAAAAAAAAACAUACGCAAACUAGAUUAUAUAUCCGUGGGCAGACUGCAAGAAAAACGUUAAAAUUUUAAAGUUGGCUCGAUAGAAAAAAAUCGCGAAAAUGUGUCUAAUUUUCAUUUAUUUUUAAUUGUUACGUUACCCUGCGUACUACAGCAGUAUAAUUUUAAUAUAGAAUAGCUUAUAAGAUAGCCGAGGGAUGUUACGUGCAGAAUUACAAAAUUAAGUAUAUUUUCAGAGUUAUUGAGGUUAAAUCUAUAUGGCGCUUAUACCCUUUUAUACUCAAUAUCAAUGACUCGCCACUUAUGACUGACUUUGCGGUAAGUAUAUAUAGGCGUGGCCGCCUAAUAUCCAAACUAAUAUUGUGACAUCAAAAUGAUGUCAGUCGCGCGGUACCUAUUUCGCUCGUACUUGUCCGUACAUGUAUUGGCGCGCGAAUGUUUUUUAGGAAAUUGGAUUGACAUGUCCCUGAAAGUUGAGCUGUUGCAAUUAGCUGGUAAUCGAAAGUGAUUAGCGCCAACAUGGCGGUUGCGCCAUGUUCAUUUAUUAAUGAGUUCGCGUGAUAUGGGAAUAGGCUGCGGCCGGAAUGCAGCGAUUAUUGAUAUAUUUUACUAAGUAAUAGUAGUAAAGUAGGAGAUUAAGAGGCAACAGGAGUGGUAAUUUCUCCAUACAAACGUACUCGACUGUUUCCACCGUGGUUUUUGAAGUUAGAGCAAUGGUUUUUUCAACACAAAUUAUUAUUAUUCAUGUCUGUGUCGGACUGUUUUGCUUUUAUUGUUUCUUAUGGCGCUAGUGCACUUCAAAUAUUCGCAAACACGGCGUAAUUUAGUAGGCCGCAAAGAGAGGCAUGGUAUCAAUUAGCCUAAAAAGCAAAACAGUCCGACACAGAUAAUUUCAUUAGCAUUUAGAUUUCAAAAUUUCGUUACAUUUGGUUAAGUUUUGGAGAUAAGGAAACAGUCAUGUACGAAACAUUGUUUCUUAAGAAUUUUACUCAGGAUUUUUUGCCUAAUCUGGCACUGUCCUUAUCGCACUAGUUUUAAGAGCUACUUCCGUUAGCGAGACGGAUAUAUUCACCUAAAAUAUUUAAAUCACAGCUCCCAUAUCCUCCUAAGGGCCACCCCACUUUAGCGUCUCCCGAACGUCAGCUGUUAACCAGCUCUGGCUACUGCUCGACGCAGCGUUGGCGCAACUGCGCCAUAUUUCAUAGCGCCAACUUGAUGGUAACCGAUUACCGUAACCUAAAGACACUUGCGAUUCCAGAGCCAGAGUUGCCAAGUCUUUAAAAACCUGCAGAACCCGAGGAAAAACAAUGAAAAACCUCAGGAGUGACACUUGGGCUAUUGGAUUAUACUUGAAAUAUGGCCACAACCUUACCCCACACUUGCUCUUCACUUGCACUUACCCAGGCACUAAAUUAUUAACUCAAUUAUAUAUAAUUGACGUAAUAACUUAUAACACCGUAGCCGCUAAUUUAUACAUUUUCCGGGCGUCAUGUGGAACUGUUUGGGAAACUUUGUAACUUCGUUUUGUACCGAAAGUUCGGUUCACGGCGUCAAGUAUCUAAUUAAGGAUAAAAAUAUACUUUCGAGAUGCUACUGGUGUGUGAUGCUCAUUUUCGCCGUGUACUGCUGCGGACAGUUCUCCCUACUGCUCUCGGCCCGUUUCCUGGAGAUACCUAUCAGAAUGAUCAUCAAAAACGGCCAGGCUCUCACCGAGAAACUCCCCUUGCCUUCUAUCACUUUUUGCUCUGAAAACCCCACUAAUCAGUGGUAUGAAAAAUUCCUCGAUGAAGUGGAAAUUCCUCCCGAAUACACCAGAGAAGCAGUAUUGGAAGCCAUGCAUCUGGGCGUCAGUAAUCUGUCUCCACUGUAUAUCCAGGAUCAACAGCCACUGAACGUCACGCUUAUGAACAUGCUGGAUCAUGUCUUGGAUUAUAAUCACAUAACGACUCGCGAGUUCGUCUCACGCGUCUCUGUGCCCUGCGACGUAUUGUUGAGUCGCUGUGAACUUAGGGGCGUGAUAGUGCCGUGCAAGGACCUUUUCCAACGUGCCAAUGGACAGUGCUGCCGGUUCUAUGAUGAUCCAGAAACAUUCGUGUCAUCAGGAAACGUCUUCAGCAAUAAUCUCAAGGUCGUAACCACCAUGGACUACGGUGACGCUUACGUCAUGAUCCAUAGACCACUGUCAGAGCCGCUGAUAGACCAGUCAUAUUUUACGAUGGCUAAUGGAUACUAUAUCAUGUUCUAUAUAGAUCCGGUAAGGAUUGAGAAGUCAGAGGAAGUUCAUGAAAUGGAGGAGGAAUCAGGAAUAUGCGUCCACCCCGACGAGCAGGACCUGCGUUUCUUCGACUCGUACGAUUACUUCAACUGCGUAGUGGAAUGGAUCAUCAACGCCAGCAUGGCUGUGUGCGGCUGUGCAGCCACUUAUACACCUGCGCCUGAUCAGUACACGUGCAACUUUACUGGGAUGAAUUGUUUGAGGAAAUAUUCUACUCUAAACAGGAUGACCUACGGUCUACCGAUACACGCCUAUUUAUCGGACCUGGCGGCGGCGGAAGGUAUAGAGAUGCACCUCUGUCCAGAAGUGUGCACGUACACACUUUAUACGCGCAAUUUCAAGCCCAGGACACUGGUGCCGGAAUAUGACUGUACGGGGUUUUUGUAAGUAUUCCAAAGUUAGGGAGACCCUACACUAGUGUCUUUUGAAUGAAUGUUUCUUCUAUACAUACAUGUAUACAUUUAAAAUUAAUCACACGAUAUGAUAUAAUUAAAUAAAAGGAUAAAAUUGAAAUAAAAUAUUAAAUUAAAAACUGUGAAUUAAUUAAGAGCUGAGUCUCGGGUCACCCCGAACCCGUUACGACAGGCAUAUGGUAGGCUCUCCAGCGCUCGUGCAGCGGGCUGGCGCCUGGCGCUGACAGUAGCGUGUUGAAGGAUACGUCACCGCGAACAACUUUUGGCUCUAAACAGGAUGACCUACGGUCUACCGAUACACGCCUAUUUAUCGGACCUGGCGGCGGCGGAAGGUAUAGAGAUGCAGCUCUGUCCAGAAGUGUGCACGUACACACUUUAUACGCGCAAUUUCAAGCCCAGGACACUGGUGCCGGAAUAUGACUGUACGGGGUUUUUAAGUGGCGUGGAUCCUAAGAACGCUUACGUCGUGCAUUUCACCUACGAAAGACAGUUCUAUAAAAUACAAGAAUUCGUCUUGAUCACCGAUUGGUUAACAUUACUAAGUAACCUAGGCGGCGUCUACGGUCUCUUCCUAGGCUGCAGCAUGCUCACUCUAGCAGAACUCGUGUUCUAUCUCUGGACCCGUGUCAUCAACAAAAUGUGCAAGAACCGUGUCCAAACUACUGACCAGCACCGCAACACAUUAGUGGAGAAAACUGACCUACACCGCGAGAUAACAGUGGAAACGAGUCGUCAGCGAGAAUUGCGGGAGCCGCUACAAUUCAAUAACUGAUUUAUAAUACCACUCAUAUUCACACUGAACAAAACAGCGAUAAGACCAGCUAUACUUUACGGUACAGAGUGCUGGUGCUGGAGUCACGCGGCACCGGCAGAAAUGCGCAUGCUACGCUGGUCAGCAGGCGUAACACUUGUAGACAAAGUUCGAAACAUACACAUCCGAGGCAGUUACAAAGUCGCUCCCAUCAUUGACAAGGUCAAGGAACGUCGCUUACGAUGGUAUGGCCAUAUACUCCGCCGCCCUACAGACCACAUGGUAAACGUAGCGUUAAGAAUACCCACCACGACGCGUCGCCACGGAAGAUCCCCCGCCAUCUGGCUGACGACGGUCCAGAGAGAUCUGAAGGAGACCGAGAUGGACGCAGCAACAGCGCAGGAUAGAGAAAAAUGGAAAAGACAGACAAGGAGAGCUGACCCCAGAUGAUGGGAAAAAAGCUUAGGAGAAGAAGAUAUUCACACUGAAACGCGACACCGAAAUUUAACAGAUUGGCCAUUAUAUGUCACCUUAAGGCGAUAUUCACAUUGGAUGCGGAUAAGCCACUGACAUAUAUCUAAAAGUCUUACGGGCAAUAAGAAUGGGGCCAGUAUACAGCGGUGUCACGCACACUAAUUCGAGUCAAUCGUGCAGUCUAACGCCACAACGCUAUUGGUUGAUGAGUACACAUCACGCGGGCGAUUGGUCGCAAUUAGUUGCGUAAGACUGCACGAUUGUCUCGAAUUCGUGAGUGACACCACUGAACACCAUUCUUAGUGCCCGUAAGGCCCGUCCUUAGAUAUAUGUCAAUGGGAUAUAUGCGGAUUCGCAAGCCGCUCCGGUGUCCGAGCGGAACAUCGCUUUAUUUACGCGCAUAGCGCUGUCAUGCUCAUACGCCGGAGCGUCUUGCAAAUUCGCAUAAGUGUGAUAACCACGUACCGUGAUAAACCGCCUCAAUGCCUUAGAUACCAAACGCCAACAACGUACGUAUACAUUUUACCCAAAGGUCAUACAACGCACUGAGGGUCCAGUAUAACAAUGUCUUGAGGAUGCUGUUGCGACUGCCCAAGCACUGUAGUGCAUCUAGCAUGUUUGCGGAAGCGCGAAGUGAUGACUUUUUCGCAAUCAGACGCAAGCGUGUUGGAUCACUACUUAGGCGAGUGCGUUGCAGUGGCAAUAGCCUCCUCAGGAUAUUGUCGGAAAGCCUAGACUGCCCUACAACAAAAUACUGGGUCGAAGUCGCCAUUGGAAGGGCCAAAUAGGAAGUUUUUUGUUUUUAUUUGGUUUUUGUUUUUAUUUUAUGUGUUUGCUCAAACUAACAUAGUUAUUAAGUCUAGAGUAUAAGUACUAACAUAAUAUGGAUCUUUGAUCUGAAAUAAAUAAUUUUUAUUUUAUUUUUUUUAUUUUAUAACGCGUCUGGUGAACUAUAUUGUAACA